GCUUUAGGACCUGGAGGGGCACGGCGAGCCGGGGUCGGGGGAGGUCGGGAGCGCGCCCGUGAGCCGGGAGCAGCGGCGGCUUCAGUGGCGUCGGGAGCGAGCCGACCCGGGAGCGGCGAGGGUAUAGGAGGAGGAGCCCGGGGCUCGAUUCAGUAACCAUGGCACAGACAGAGAAACGGGGGGGCUUACUCCGAAAAUCUUCAGCCUCCAAAAAACCACUGAAGGAAAAAGUGGUGCUGAUGUAUGAUGAGAUCUUCAUGACAGAGGAUCCCAGUAAAUGCAGUCCUCGGUUUUGGGAAGAGCUCUUCCUCAUGAAGGUGAAUUUAGAGUACUUAGAAGGCAAGUUGGAAUCUCUCGAUGGUGAGGAGUUAAUGAAGAUCAAGGACAAUAUUAAUUGCUUAUUUCAACACUGCAUCCAGGCUCUGGGAGAGGAGCAUCCAAUUCGAGUUGUCAAUGCAUUGCAGACUUUGUGUGCACUCAUUCGAGGAGUCCAUCAGAAGAAUAAGUCUACCUCUGGGUUUGACAUUAUCAACAUGCUGAUGGGCUUUGAUAAGGCGGAGCUGUGCAUGAAGAACUUGAUGGAGAGUUUGGAUUCACUGCUUUGUGCAGAAGGUUCUGAAAGUCUGAAGAGUUUAUGUCUGAAACUUCUCCUUUGCUUAGUGACCGUGACAGAUAACAUCAGUCAGAACACUAUCCUGGAGUAUGUAAUGAUCAACAGCAUAUUUGAAGCAAUUUUACAGAUACUCUCUCACCCCCCAAGUCGUAGGGAGCAUGGGUAUGAUGCUGUUGUCCUCUUGGCAUUGCUUGUGAACUACAGAAAGUAUGAGUCUGUGAAUCCUUAUAUUGUGAAGCUGUCUAUUGUGGAUGAUGAGGCCACACUCAAUGGAAUGGGGCUUGUGAUUGCUCAGGCUUUAUCUGAGUACAACAGGCAGUAUAAAGACAAGGAAGAAGAACACCAGAGCGGUUUUUUCUCUGCUUUAACAAACAUGGUGGGCAGCAUGUUCAUAGCAGAUGCCCAUGAGAAAAUAUCUGUACAAACCAAUGAGGCCAUUCUUCUGGCGCUUUAUGAAGCUGUUCAUUUAAAUCGCAAUUUCAUCACAGUGUUAGCCCAGAGUCAUCCAGAAAUGGGCUUGGUGACAACCCCUGUCAGUCCUGCUCCAACAACCCCAGCCACACCACUUGGGACCACACCACCCUCCUCUGACGUUAUAAGUUCUGUGGAACUCCCACUGGAUGCAGAUGUACAGACCAGUAAUCUACUGAUAACCUUUUUAAAGUAUAGCUCGAUUGUCAUGCAGGACACCAAAGAUGAGCACCGGCUUCACAGUGGCAAACUCUGUUUGAUUAUCCUUACAUGUAUUGCAGAGGAUCAGUAUGCCAAUGCAUUUUUGCAUGAUGACAACAUGAAUUUUCGAGUAAACUUACAUAGAAUGCCUAUGAGACACAGGAAGAAGGCAGCAGACAAGAAUCUUCCCUGCCGACCUUUAGUGUGUGCAGUACUGGACUUGAUGGUAGAGUUUAUUGUAACACACAUGAUGAAGGAGUUUCCUAUGGAUCUCUACGUACGCUGCAUUCAGGUAGUACAUAAACUGCUUUGCUACCAGAAGAAGUGUAGAGUACGCCUGCAUUACACCUGGCGGGAACUCUGGUCAGCCUUGAUCAAUUUGCUGAAGUUUCUUAUGUCAAAUGAGACCGUACUUUUGGCCAAACACAACAUUUUUACAUUAGCCCUUAUGAUUGUGAACCUAUUUAAUAUGUUUAUCACAUAUGGCGACACAUUCCUGCCUACCCCCAGCAGCUAUGAUGAACUCUACUAUGAGAUUAUCCGCAUGCACCAGAGCUUUGACAACCUCUACUCCAUGGUCCUGAGGCUUUCUACCAAUGCAGGCCAAUGGAAAGAAGCAGCUAGCAAGGUGACCCAUGCAUUGGUUAAUAUCAGAGCCAUCAUCAACCAUUUUAACCCCAAAAUUGAAUCCUACGCUGCUGUGAAUCACAUAUCCCAACUGUCAGAGGAGCAGGUGCUGGAGGUAGUACGAGCCAACUAUGACACGCUCACACUGAAGCUGCAGGAUGGCCUGGACCAAUAUGAGCGCUACUCAGAGCAGCACAAGGAGGCUGCCUUCUUCAAAGAGCUUGUUCGAUCCAUUAGCACCAACGUCCGGAGAAACCUGGCCUUCCACACACUCAGCCAGGAGGUCCUGCUCAAGGAGUUCUCCACCAUAUCCUGAGGCCACACCCACCUGAGCAGCCUCUGACUGCCCUUACCCUUGAGGCUCCUGGGCUGGAGGGAGAGUGAGGGGAGAGAAGGCUGCCCCCAAGAUUGGAGAAAAACGCAUACUGAGUGCUCUCUGUGAAGGCCACACUCUCAGUGGAGCUUGGACAGCAGGGGCCAGGAGGGGCAAACCAGGGAUAAUCUUAUCUGGGGAGGGAUGGGUGGGCACAGAGAGGCCUCCAAGAAUGUGGGGAUUUCCAGGGUGUGCACCCGGACACACCCUCAAUUUCCAAUUGACAUAACAAUUUGUGGCCACAGACUUAGUUUUCAGGAGCUGGUGGGCAAGCCCCAGUGAUGCCAACACCAUGAGAGUCAAUGGCUUUCCCAGGCAUUUGAAAACAGAUCAGCUCAAUGAAGGUGGAGCCACAUCCUGCUUCAUUUGGGCCUGGGGCUGAGCUGGGCUUGAAAUCUGUGUCCCCGGCUCCCACUGGCACUCUGUCCAGUCAUUAGGACCACUAGCUCAGGCUUAGGGUAGGGUAGGCGUGGGUGCCUUUUUUCUGUUUCCUAAAUCCAGAGCUGAUUCCUCUGGUAGACUGGAGAUUAGAAUAUGCCCAAUACUCUGCUGUCUGGCCAUCACUUUCUGGAUUUGAGCUUUGGCCGCCUGAAGCACCUGUUGACUUUCCCUCCGUCAACCCACUCAUCAGCACAAUAGAGUCACAACCUUAACUUUCAUUUUUAAUCUGUUUUAAACUGUCUUUAGGGUGUGUGUGUGUGAAAUAAACAUUGACAGGUUUUCUGGAGCCCUCAGGUGCCUGCUUUGCUGGUUCCCUUUCCAGCAGCUUCCCUACCUUUCUACCCACGCCCUCUUCUGGGAGCUUCUCUGUGUUCUGCCCCUUCACCUGGCUGUUGUUUACAUCCAGCCUGCCUGAGAAUUUCCUCUGGGGAGGAAUCAGUCCUGCUGUGGUGUGGUGCCUGGGAAGGAGAAAACCUGCUGGGGGCUGGGUGUCCUCCAUCUGAAAGAGAUCAGAUGAACAUCACAGAUAGGGCUUCCAUUCUGCCUGCCUGUAUUCUGGGUCGGGGCAUGGCAAAUCUGACCUUUGGGAAGUUGGCCUGUGAUUCUUCCCUUUGGAUAGCCUCCGUGGGACCAUUAUAGGUUUUCCUUACCCCACAGCUGCCUCAGAAGUAGCUGCUUCUCCGAGAUCUUCUCUUUCCAAAACACUUUCUAAAGCUGUCAGAAUGGCAGAGAGCAGGCAGCACAGGAAGAAUAUGGGAGUGAGUGCAGGAACUCAGCAGUGAGAACAGGUCUGGGACCUCCCCAGCUGCUAUUCCACUUAGCCUCAAAUUUCUUUGGGAUACUUGCCCUCCCUGGGAACCAGAAUUCUGGGUCCGACAUUGAGCAGAUCUGCACUUGUUCCAGAGAAGCCACAAUAUGCUGCUGUGUAUAGGGUAGACACUUAAGAGAUCAGGGGCUGGGUCAUCUCUGAUCACUAGAUGGAUAGCCCAGCCUGGGGCAAUCAGUGUUUUCCUCAGUGAUAAACCUCCGAGGAGCUGGAGCUGGUGGCACGUUGAAGUUAUUAAAAAUUGAUUUGAAUGGGACAGUCUUUUUAGUGCUUUUUUUUUUUUCUUCUUAAUCUCUGUUGCCCAGAACUCAUUUCUCAAAGACAGAGUUAAAGUAAUCUCCCACGUGCUGGUCCCCUCAGGCUAGGAACCCCUGCCUGUCCUUGCAUAUGCUCCUCCUCUGAGUUUCCUGGCCCUAGUGGAGGCCAGUUCAGUUCAGUUGUAGCUUCCCUUACCCUCUGGGUGGAAAGGAGGAGAAGGGGGUUCCCUUCCCUCCAAACUUAGUGGUGUUGAGGAGGCCAGCCAACCCAUCUGGACCACUUCUGGAUUCCUGCCAGCCUUUCCUAUGGGCUGACCAAGGCCAGGUCUAAGGCAUGGGCCAAUAUACAGAAGACUCCUUGCCCUUCAUUGGAAAGGCUUGUCUCUUGGCCCAUUUCUUCACAUAUACCCUUUCUAAGAACUGAAUAAGAUUCCAAUCCUCUCCUAGAAAUUAGCCCCAAAAGGAGCUGCCUA